UGUGUCUUGGUAUAUUUUCCUCCAACCUUUUGGCAUCAAUCAAAACCAAAUUUCAUAACUCAGUCGUACGGCAACCAACACUAUCCUACAUUCUUCCAAGGAAAAAAACAAAUCAGCAUCUCAAGAAUUUGGAGUUAAUUAACCAAUUUGGUGAUCUUUAUAAAACAGUAGUAUACUAGCCGGCCUAAUUAGACAUCCAUUUUCUUCAAACCAUGGACUGGACGUGGGCUAGAUCAGUUGGAGCUACUAAGAAAAAGCUGGAUGCAGAGGAUGUACGGUCCGAAUACAAGAGUGUUGCACUAGUCAUUGGUGUGACCGGGAUCGUGGGCAACAGCCUUGCUGAAAUACUCCCACUCUCAGACACACCUGGUGGUCCAUGGAAGGUGUACGGUGUCGCUCGGCGUCCUCGUCCCGAAUGGAACAAUGACCACCCUGUGGAAUACAUCCGGUGUGAUAUCUCAGAUCCUCAAGACACCCUCGCUAAACUAGGCAGCCUUAAAGAUGUGACACACAUUUUCUAUGUUAGUUGGGCCAGCAGGCCCACAGAGCUAGAAAACUGUGAAGUCAAUGGAAAAAUGUUGAAGAAUGUUCUAGAUGCAGUGAUUCCUAAUUCCCCCAGCUUGCAACACGUGUCGUUGCAAACUGGGAGGAAACAUUACAUAGGUCCUUUUGAAUCUGCCUUUAAGGUAGCUCAUGAUCCGCCUUACGAUGAAGAUAUGCCUAGACUUGACUGCCCAAAUUUUUAUUAUGCACAAGAAGACGUUUUAUUCGAGUCGGUUAAAAAAAGAAAAGGAUUAACUUGGUCUGUUCAUAGACCCGGAAUAAUCUUUGGUUUUUCGCCGUCUAGUAUGAUGAAUUUAAUUGGUGCGUUAUGUGUUUACGCGACUAUUUGUAAACACGAAGGGGUGCCAUUUAUGUUUCCAGGAGUUAAAGAGGCUUGGGAUCGGUAUUCAGAUGCCUCGGAUGCUGAUUUCAUAGCAGAACAACAUAUUUGGGCCGCGGUCGAGCCUAAUGCCAAAAAUGAAGCGUUUAACACGAGCAACGGUGACGUGUUUAAGUGGAAGCAUUUUUGGGGAGUGUUGGCUGAGGAGUUUGGGGUCGAGAAUGGCGGGUUUGAUGAAAAUUGGAGGGACAAGAGUAUGGUUGAGAGGAUGAAGGAUAAAGGGAGUGUUUGGGAUGAAAUUGUGAAAGAAAAGGGAUUGGUGCCUACUAAAUUGGAAGAUGUUGCACAAUGGUGGUUUGUGGAUGAUAUUCUGGGAACUGAGAAUUUUUUGGAUACCAUGAACAAGAGCAAAGAACAUGGGUUUUUGGGCUUUAGGAAUUCUAAGAAGUCUAUGGUUCAUUGGGUUGAAAAGAUGAGAGCCUACAAGAUUGUUCCUUAAUUAAGAUCAUGGCAAUAAUUUGUUUGGAUUAUGUGUGUUCCUGUUUAAUGAUUUAAUGUUUGGUGUCCUUUUAUUAAAACAUGUUUAGAUUAUAUGUGAUAUGAUCUUGUGUGUGUAAGAAGUAUGAAUAAAGUGGUUUGAUUAGUGGAUUUCUAUUA